GAUAUCAUCAAUGGCUGAGCUUGAUCAUGCUGAUAUGGAACUGGGAGGUGGUUUAAGUGAGGAGGAAGCCCAGAUGCUUGCUUCAUCACUCGGAGGAGGGGACAACAUGGAAGAGGAGGAGAUGGCCUGUGAGGAUGAGGAUGGCCACCACACCGUGGUCAUGCUUCAGGCGUUUGGAAAGCGGAAGUUUAAGGGGAAAAUACAAUAUUUGAUCCAGUGGUCCAGUGGUGAUGCCCCGUCAUGGCACUGGGGCUCUGAUGUUGACAAAGUGGUGAAGAAGGAAUUCAAUGACAAGCAAAAGAGUUCAUCAUGAUCUGGUUGCUGGUGAAGUCCUGCUGUUGUCUUGUGUCAGACAGAAUUG